GGACGACCUCCUCGCGCUCCCGAGCCGCCGCAGCCUGCGCCGCGCCUCUCCCUGCCGCCGCCGGCAUAACAAACGAACGCACGGUGCCCUUUCUGUGCUGAGUGUCUCCACUCUCAUUACCGCACAGGGAACGUAUCACGCCGCGCUCGCAUACCAUACGUUGUAAAGUCGUUAAAUCGAGUAACGGAAGCAAAAUUUGGAGUGACACAUAACAACACCACUGAGCUGAAGCGCAAAAAGAAGAAGGUCUAACUUAGUCGUGGAGUUCUAAUAAUGUGGUCGGGCAGGCGCCCAGUGGGUGUGCGCUUCGGGCCGUGUACUUAGUAUCGGGGGAUGCGCGUGUGGUGGGGCGCGCGGGCGGCGGUGACGAUGCGCGUGUGCUGCGUGGCCACGGUGCUGGCGGCGCUGGCGCUGCGCUCCGCAGCCGAGCCCGCGCCGCGCCGCUUCCCCGCCGAGUGGCGCAGCGGCCGCGACCUGCAGCUGCGCUCUCGCCCGUUGCACGAGAUAUUCGACCCGGACUCGGCGCCCGCGGACCAGGACCAGCCCUACCCGCAGCGCCAGCAAGCCGCCAUGCACAAAGACCGCCGCCGGGCGCGCAACAACAAGCGCGCGCCGCACCUGCCCGCCGAACUGGCGAGCCAGAUGAUGUUGCGCGCCUCGCGGUCCGGCAGACCUUAUGAUGUUCCACAAAUAGAAUGCCCACCAGCCGCAGACGGCAUGGAGAGGUUCGCGUGUCCCACGCCGGAUCGCCAAGGGCGCUACCGUUGCAUCGACGACCACGUCCUGUGCGACGGCUUCAUUGACUGCCCCAAUGGGGAAGACGAGGAUCGGCAGGCGUGCAUGUUUUAUAAAACGACGAAGGCCCAUCUGGACGUUCUAGCCGACGCGCUCUUGCGGUGGGCGCGUGGACGCUAAGUUAACCAUCCCUCCCGGACCCUGAUACCCCAGUGCUGUUACAUACGUUCUGAUAGCGCUGCACGGAUAGACUGACAUUUCAUAAUCGGAUCGGCCAUAUGCACUUGCAUACAGUGAGAGCUGCAAAUCCCUACAAGAAAUAUUCGGGCGUAACCAGUCACGUUACCUAUAUAACGCGAUGAACAUAUUGAAACAUAUCAAGUAGUGGUGCGAUCUCUCAAAACAUAACCACUGAAAGUGUAGUGUUAGGAUUCCGACAGCGAACUCUGAUCCGAAACUUCGACACAUUCCGUUCAAUACGUGAGUGCUUACGUGCAGAGGACCUACGCAGGAGUACUAGAAAUCUUUGGGAGUAGUAAUGCGACUUGGUUUCGUCCUAAUAACCUUUCCGCAGCUGAUUUAUUUCUCAUUUCGUACCUUCUAGCACUUAUUAACUAAAAUGUGAGACUGGUAGUCGACAUUGUUAGUCGGUAGAAAAUACAUAAUUAAUAUUUUAGGUUCUAAGUAGUACUGCAUUUGUCAAACAUUCAUGUUUUUAUGAAUUUGUUAAAGUAUUUAUUCACUCAAUCUACUCUAUAAGUUAUUAAAUUCCUUAUUAUGAGGGUUGUAAAGUAUAUAAGAGAUCGGUAAAUAUGUGUAUAUAGUUAAACCGAAUGAAAUGUGUUUGUUUAAUUACACGGCCUACAAUUGGUGAAUGGGGGCUGCUUACAAUAUCGACGAUGAAUAUAUUUGCAAGCAGUCACCGUAGGCAAGACCUAUAUCCACUAAUUACAACACAAUUUAUUUAAAUCGUAAAUGUUUUAACAUUUAAGUAAUUACUAAUAUUAUUAUACGUGAAUGAUCUCGAUGACUUACGUCUUCAAACAGGCAGCUAUUAAAGUAAUGAAAUAAUCCUAUUUAAUUAAUAUAUAUUUAUAAAUCAAUUAAUUAUUAUUUAUCAAUCAAAUAGUUUACUGUACAUUAAUUUAAGAUAUUAUUAAUAGAUUUUUCAUACGAAUUGUAUAAGUUAUAAUGCUGUGACUGAAUGUACUCUUUGUUAUCAUUUCCCAACGAAGUCUCAGGAGUUAUGGUCUAUAGUUGGAAAUCAUUUUGGUACUAUUAUUUCAUGUACGCGUUACUUUUCCAAAAAUAUUGUACACAUCUGUUGUUAUAAAAACUGUUAAAUUCUUUUAAAAAUUUAAUCGGUAAUAUAAAAUUGCACAUUGAGCUUCUAAGAAUAUAAUGAAUUGAGAAUUCAGUGGCAUUUUACAGUUAUAUACCUACCUAGCAAGGUUCAUCUAGUUUACAUUCAUUACAAUUUUUUUAAAUUUUUUAGGUAUUUUCAUCACGAUAGGUACCUACUCGUAAAUGCUUAUCCUAAAAGUUGA